AUGCUGUCGAUCCGAUCCCAGUCGCUGGGUCAGGCCACAAUACCGGCCGCCGGCGCCUACGCGAGACAGGACGACUUUACUAUCAAGUGGGUGCUGCUGGCGACGCUCUGUGACGUGCUGUUCUCGCUGUGCUGCACCUACUACAUGGAUGGUCUGAUGGUCGUGAUGGCUGCGGUGACGGUCGGCAACUUGGACCCGUGCGACUUUGACAGACAGAGUAUCGCCAUGUGUCAACAUCAAUUCGUCCGUACCCUCCUCGACACGAAAAAACGCUGGCAUGCCUCGAUCGUGAUGGCCAUCGUCUCGACGGUGAUCUCGCUGUUCUUCUUCUUUGAGAAUUACGACCAACUGUUUACCUGGUUCUCGUCGGCCCGUUCCGUGUUGACGAUCAUGAUCCUCGGCGCGCAUCUGACGCUCUUCGUCACGUGCUACGGCAUGUCCCAAGUCUACUACGACAUCACGGUGAUGACCGGCAUCCCGAACGGGUGGCGCGAAUGGUUGUGGGACCAGCUAACGCAACACUCCAACUGGCUCUACGCCCAUAUCGUGCCCGCCCUUACUGCGCUUCUCCUCGGCACCCUCUUCAACGUGCCCGUCGAUCACAUGCCGUUCAAAUGGAUGGCCGAAAAUCCGGUACUGUACUACUUGCUGACGCCGCCCGUCCUCGGCGCCAUCGUCGCCUGCAUCACCAUCCCCACCGUUAUGUACUUCAAGGGCGACUUCCUCGAGCUGUUCCGCCCGCAGCCCGGUCUGCCCUCCUACAAGCGGCUGCGCGUGCCACUGGGCGACGGA